AUGCCGCCCCGCCGCCGCCCAUCAACGAGCGUGCUCCCCUCCCCCGCCUCGCUAGGAUCCCAGCUCCCCACCCCGCCGCGGCCAAGACCAAAGUUCCGCGCGCGCGACAGUAGCGGGCAAGCGCAGGCGAGCAGCCCCGAGCCUUCGGCAGCCGGCGCGCGGCCGCCCCCACCGCCGCCGAUGGCGCAGCGCUUCGGCCGUGAUGAGGACGCUGAGAAGCGCGUUGGCGGGGGUUGGAACGCCGACGAGAAGCCCACUGGCGCUGGGUGGACGCCCGACGAGCUCGAAUACCUGUACCGUGCCGUCCUGCGCUGGAAGGACCUCGACGCGCGCAUCAUGGCGCUCGUGCGCGCCGCCGCAGACCCCGACCCGGCCGCGACGCCGCACACAGCCCCAGCUGCGCAGUCGGAUACCGACCGCCUCGGGGACGACGAGUGGGAGCUCGACGACCACCUCGCGACGGAUUUCGACGACGAGGGGGGGACCGAGGACGGGGAGACGGAGGGGAGUGGUGGGGCUGGGCGUUGA